GAGCCGUGUGGUAGUUCUUGGAGACCACCCCUCACCCUCGGUGGCCCCUACCGGAGUCCCUCGGUCACUGUGGGUGGCCAGACCCUUCCUGGGCCAGCCCGGGCUCCACCUCUGCCAGGACAGAUUCGGGCUCCUGUAGCACAGACGGACGCAGGAGGCUUGGGGAGAGCACUGGAUUGGGAAUUCUCGGGCCUGCGUUGAACUCUGGCUGGACCCUCCUCUACUGGCUCUGUGACCUAGAGCAAGAUGCUCGCCCUCCCUGCUCGGCUUCCUGCUCAGAUGGGCUCUGGUGUGAGGUCUCUUGGCUCCGCUAGACCACGCCCCUGGACAUCGCGCCCAUUCUCGAACCCUUGGCCGGCCGGUGACAGGCCUCCUUUCGGCUGGCUACACACCGCCGGGGCCGGAUAUCCAAACACCAGCUGGGAGCAGUCACCGCGGGCUGGAGUCGUAUUUCUGCCGUGACCGUCUGGAAGACUGAUAGGUCUGGGCCCCCAGGGAGCAAACCUACACCGUCACGCACUUUCUCACCGGGGGGCCUGCGGGACUAGUGGGCGUGGCGUUCACAGCCUCCCCUACAGAAACCCAGUGGCUCUAGGAACCCUGGAGCUGGGUGACGGGGUCCGCCCGAGCCCUUUCUCAGCUGCGCCAACUCCGGAAGCAGGGCGUUCGAGGGAGCUCACUGCGGGCUACACAUGUCCGGGAGCCGCGCCGGGUGCUGUUUCUCCGGGCUGGUGGGCGGGUCGGGUAGCGCCCCCCCGCCCAGGCAGGUAUGAGCUAGAGGUGGGGAUCGGGGACAGGGUCUCCUGGAUUGUUACGCCUUCGAGACCCCCUCCCACUCCCCGUUGUGCAUAUGGGGAAAUAGACUUGCGGAGAGGCGACCUCACCUGGGUCAUUAACCUUGUCGUGCUGGACUGAGAGGGGAAGCUGCUCUCCUAACUUCAGGCCUGUGCUUCUCCUGGGGCAGCGCUGAGGUGGGCAGAGCCUCCUCUGGAGUCCGGAGGGCCUGGGUUUGUGACUUGCCUGGGACAGUUCCUAGCUGGGUGACUCUGGGCAAGCCUCCUUUUCCUCCCUGCUUGUCUGAAGAUGUGGCACCUACAGGGACUGAACUAUGGGUUCAGCCCACUUCAGCCAAAAGCAUGAAGAAACCGUCACUGGCCAAGACCAUGAGAAUCGAAUAAGUGGGUGAGCAUCUAAAAUGGAGUCGAGGAGGUGACAGCAAGAGCAUGUGUGGGGACAGAGUCCCAGAGAGCAGUUUCCAGGCUCUCGGCCGCAUGUGGAAAGGUGUUGGCUCGGGUAGUAGAUGGCCAUCAGCUGUAACCAGUUAGCUAUUGGCCACUGAUAUAAGUGCCGCGGCUGAGCUAGCAAACGCGGAUUGCAGUUAGCAAGGGAUUGGUUGGCAGGCAGAGAAGUGGACGGCGGAUUGCGGAUCGUGUGGCUCCUAUUUCGUGUGUCUUGCUUGGCCGCCAGUGAGAAUCUAGUGGUCUGACUCCCCUACCUAUGCCUCCGUGGGUGUUCCUUUUUGGCCUAGCCAUGUCCUGCAUUCUUAUGUGGGGAGCGGGACCAGAGACCCUGCAUGACACCCUGCACGACAGCAUGCCCCCCUCUCAGGCAGCAGGUCAGAGGGGAGUGAAUCACACAAGGCUCAGCUGCUCUCCUGGUUCUCCUUCCCUCUGCCAGUACCAGAGCCACUUUGAGGAGCCAGAGCCUCUGACCUCUCCAUCUUCACCCAGCCGGGGCCAGUGACCAUCCUCAGCAGCCAGCAUCCCAAGGAAGACUUGGGGACCUGGGAGUGCUCAAGGAAGCCUUCCUCUGAGACAUGGAGUGUUGGGGUAGAAUGCUGCGGGCCUUCCUGUCUGGCCCGGGGAGGAGGGGGGCAACUUGGGGCUCGGCCUACAGCUCAUGGCAACCCCAUCGGCCUGUGCCUGGGUUGUUGAAUGCCACAGAGCUGGUCAGUCACUGGACGGCGAUCUUUGAGAAGGAGGGCAUCCCCGAGGCCCAGGAAUCCAGUGAGUACAUCGUGGCUCAUGUCCUUGGAGCCAAAACAUUUCAGAGUCUGAGACCAGUACUCUGGACCCAGCCCCUGACCCCUUGGCAGCUGCAGUGUAUCCAGGAACUGAGUAGCUGCCGAUUGCAAAGGAUGCCUGUGCAGUACAUCCUUGGUGAGUGGGACUUUCAGGGGCUCAGUCUGAAGAUGGCACCCCCAGUGUUCAUCCCUCGGCCGGAAACAGAGGAGCUGGUUGAAUGGGUGCUGGAGGAGGUGGCCCCGAGGCCCCAUGCAGUGGGAGCCCAAGGUGGCCCCCUCAUCCUAGAGGUCGGCUGUGGAUCGGGAGCCAUCUCCCUUAGCCUGCUGAACCAACUCCCCCAGAGUCGAGUCAUUGCUGUGGAUAAGGGAGAAGCCUCCAUCUGCCUGACCCGCGAGAAUGCUCAGAGGCUUCGGUUGCAGGACAGGAUUUGGAUCGUCCCCCUCGAUGUGACCUCAGAGGGCAGCUGGGCACACCUCCUAUCCUGGGGCCCCAUGGACCUGGUCGUCAGCAACCCUCCAUAUGUCUUCCACCAGGACAUGGAGCAGCUGGCUCCUGAGAUCCUCAGCUACGAAGAUCCGGCAGCACUGGACGGCGGGGAGAAGGGUAUGGACAUCAUUACACACAUCCUGGCCCUGGCCCCUCGGCUGCUAAAGGACUCUGGAAGCAUCUUCUUAGAAGUGGACCCGAGACACCCAGAACUCGUCGGUGGCUGGCUUCAGAGCCGGCCGGACCUGUCGCUCCAUCUUGUGGCCGUGCGCAAGGACUUCUGUGGGAGAUGCUUAUUUAUUUGCAUCAUUCAUGCAACAAACCUUCAGUGACUAUUUGCUGAUUGCCAGGUCUGCCCCUGGGUACUAGAGUAUGAAGAAAAAGUUGACACAGACACGCCCAUAAGAAGCUCAUGGCCUAGUGGAGGAUAGAGGCAAGUAAACGGGCCCUUAUCCCUGGGCCCUGUGGUGUGCAUUCGCUCGCUGCUUGCUUGGCAUUGUGCCAGGAACUGGGGCUGGUCAGUAUUCAGAUAAGGCCCUGUUCACACAGAGCCCACAGUCUGGUGGGGUCCAAGCAGCCCACGUGUUCUUGCACUCAAGUUCCCACAGAGCAGUUGCAAUGCUCAGCCUGAGACUUUCUCUGCUGCAGAUGCUAGUUUGGAAAGUGACCAAAAGUGCCAGGGUGAUCACUCCCAAGCAUCCUUAAGCCAGUGAAGGGUGGGAGUUGGUGGAUACACAGCCCAGCUUCCUCACCCCUUGGACGGGACAAUCCUUAGGGGUGUUCCAUACCAUCUCUCAACUGAGGACUGAGCCUCACUUGCCCACGGAGGGAGCCCACUCAUUAACACACCUACUUUGGCUUCCUUUCCUUCCCUGUCUCACUUUCCCUCUCCUCUAUGUCAGGAACUAGGGAGGCUCUGAUAUUUGCAAGCUAACAAGUGAGCCUACUGUAUUCCCAAGGAUGCUGGCGGAAGACACAGACUCCUGGUUCAGAAACCAAGAUCAGUUUAUUACUCACAGUACCAGCAGUAGACAGAGGAUCCGCACUUUCUUGUACCACUUUCCUGUUCUCACAGGGUGGCCCAAGAAGAGCCAGAUGAUGCUUGCACAUGCAGAGGGUUACAUUACAGGAGAGGAACUCUGAGCUAAAGGAACCCAAAUAUUUUCUAAUAGGUUACAAGCAAACCUGCCCAACCUUUGCCCCAGAGGGAGCUGUUAUCUGUAUUAUAUUGGACAAUAAAGCAAUCUGCCUUUUUCCCUGAAGUGAGACACAUGGUCUAUCUUCUAAGGCUGUUUGCUCUAAGGAUCACCCUUGAAAGGAUCAUCUGCCACAAGGGCAGUCGGUGCUAUUGGUAAGUGAACAGAAAUGAGAGCGAACCAUGGAGAAUUGUCUCUCAACGUCCUACUGGUGCUUUUGGGCGUCACCUCCCGUAAGCUAUUUGUAUUUGGAUCCAUGUCCCAGAGCCUACUUCUGGGGGAAAUGCCCCAAAAUGGGGAGAUGAUUCUAAAUGGGCAUUAAUGGAAUUCUGAUGUGACUCUCCUUUCUCCAGACCUGUCCUGCAAAUAUGCAGGGCAGCCACAUGAAGGAAGAAAGUUUUCCUCACCUAGAAUCGAUACUGUAAGAGAGAUGCUAGAGAGAUGCUAUAAAGGACUCAUAGGAUUUCACUUGUCAUGUUUUAAUAUUUAGUCUAUCUAGAAUCAAUGCUGGUUGCCUCUGUGAGAUAGACAUUGGACUUUUUUUUUUCCAAAUUGUUCCAAUACCAUUUAUUAGAAUUUGCGCCUGGUCUGUCACCACUCUCUUCUAAUAUGCCUGGUCGCCUGUUAUUUAGAAUGUAUCACAAACACACAAACAAUCAAUUCAUAAUAAAUGGGCGUCAUCAUCACUGGGGAUUUGACACUCAGGGUUGUUGGUACAGCAUGAAACAAACCCAAAUACCCACUCAUGAUGACACCAUUCAGGCCCCAG